AUGAGCCGGACGAACCCUGUGGUCCCCGCCACGAGCGGCAGCCUGCCCGACGACGGCGACAGCCCGUCACACCACUCAUCUCACGAGAUGAACGGCAGCGAAAGGAAACGCACGGGGGAGGAUGCGGUGCCGGAGAAGUUGAUGCCCGUGUCUAACGAGCCGCCGGCCUCCGACACCAUUCUCGCGAAGUUGAAACGGUGCGUGAUUGUCGUUAUUCCUCCGGGCGGUAUCCUUGCGAGCGCCUUCAACCUUGCGUCGUCGUCGAUUGGCGCCGGCAUCCUCGGUCUGCCCCUGGCAGCGAACAGCAGUGGGCUCGUGAUGGCCCUCGUGUACCUCGCGGUCAUCACGUCCCUGACCAUCUACUCGAUGUAUGCUCUUGGCUUGGCAGCGCAGCGAUCGCAGAUCCGCACCUUUGAGGGUGUUGCGUUGGCGCUGCUGGGCCGCGGAUUUGCCCUUUUUGCGGCGGGUGUGCGCAUCUUUCACGGAUUUAGCGGCUGUGUCGCGUACGUGAUCAGUGUCGGUGAUAUCUUCAGGAACAUCAUAAGCAGCAGCGACAGCGCACCGCAGUUCCUGAGGGAAUCCACCGGCAAUCGCCUGCUGACGGCCCUUGUGUGGCUCUGCGCGAUGAUGCCACUGGUGAUCCCGAAGCACGUUGAUUCGCUCCGCUACUUUUCCACCUUUGCUGUCUCCUUCAUGAUUUACUUUGUCUUGGUCAUCGUUGUGCACUCGUGUACGCACGGGCUGCCGGACAACAUCCACAAAAUCAGCGUGAGCAAGGACGAUGACGCUCCUGUGGUGCUCUUCAAUAGCGGCAACAAGGCGAUUGAGGGGCUUGGCGUCUUUAUGUUUGCAUACGUUUGUCAAAUCAACUCAUACGAGGUGUACUGGGACAUGACGGACCGCACGCUCACCAGGUUCACUCUUGCCUCCGGGCUGGGCAUGACGCUGUGCUUCCUGCUGUACGCCAUGGUGUCCUUCUUUGGCUACAUGGACUUUGGCAGGAAGGUGGACGGCUCCAUCCUGCUCAUGUACGA